AUGCCAAACAACACACGACACACAGCCAGACCGACACACGACACACAACCAGACCAACACACGACACACAGCCAGACCGACACACGACACAGUAAGACCAACAAACGACACAGCCAGACCAACACACGACACGCAACCAGACCAACAAACGACACAGCUAGACCAACAAACGACACAGCCAGACCAACAAACAACACAGCCAGACCAACACACGACACGCAACCAGACAAAUACAUGACACAGCCAGACCAACACAUGACACACAGCCAGAUCGACUACGACACGCAGACACACCGACCCACGACACGCAGCCACAUCGACCACGACACGCAAACAGACCGACCCACGACACGCAGCCAGACCAACACACGACACACAGCCAGACCGACACACGACACGCAGCCAGACCAACAAACGACACAGCCAGACCAACACACGAUACGCAACCAGACCAAUACACGACACAGCCAGAUCGACCACGACACGCAGACACACCGACCCACGACACGCAGCCAAACCAACACACGACACGCAGCCAGAUCGACCACGACACGCGGACAGACCGACCCACGACACGCAGCCAGACCAACACACGACACGCAGCCAUACUAUCAUACCUAA